GGGAUGUUAUACACCGGCUUACCUGCGACGGGAAACGCCUCGUGGUUCACCUCAAAAAAGAUAAGAUAAAGUCUGGGCAUUUGAUAUUUGAAUGCGAAUCAAAGACAGCGGCCUUGUCGCUCUGGCGUUGGACCCUGGAUAGGAUGUACUUUUUCACUCUCAAAGAAUCCAGUCAAGCGAAAAAAGUGCGUUCAAAUGGGAGCCUACUACGACGCCACAACACUUACCGUUUCAGCGGACGCUCCCAGCAGGAACUUCUAUCAUUACCCAUCCAAAAGACCAAAAUGGAGUUCGUACGGCCAUCUACCUUGGGCCAUUCCAACGUUCCAGUGGAUUUUCUUUCUGGAAGCACAACGCUUCCAGAUCGUCGCAAACCCAUCAUGGACUUACAUAAUGAAAAUCACGUAGAAGUGAAGGAGGCUCCACCGCUGGCCAAUCUUCCUGACGAUCCCACACUAACUGGUGUAUUGCCAAUUUCCGUCUCCGAACAGCCUUUGACAGAAGAAUGCGCUUUGCCCACACAAGCGGAGAGGGAAGAGAUACGAACUGAAACAGAGAAGGACGGAGCAACACUCCCACAGUUACACAAAGAGGACGGUGAACCUGUCCAAGAAACCAAGUACGAUACGAUUCCUCCCUUCGAAGAUUUCGUGACUGAUUCGCAAGACACUGUGAUUGAGAAAACCGUUGAACCCGGGGAAUCCGCUAUGUUGCAACAACCCGUAUUCGAACAAGCGUUGUCAGCCCUCGAUUGCGCAAUAAAUGAGCAUGCCUGCGAUCUAGGUAGGGAGCACAGUAUGAGGACACCGGAAAAUGUGAGUAAUGAGGUAAUCCAGAAUGGAUGCGAAACUGUUCAUCAGAAUGGUCCAGUACAACAAAGACCUGCGUUUGAGCAAAGCGAGCAAGUAGACUUGAAGGUGAUCGUGCAAGCAAGCGACUCCAAGGAGAGGCAGAAUGUGAAUGCUGCGUGUGUAACUGCACAGGUUACGGCGACGGUCGUGGUCAUGAUGAUGCUCGUCGGAAUGCUUGUUGCUCUUGAAAGCACUCCGAUUGCCGAGUCAUCAAUGCUGCGCUUCAUAAGAGGCAAUCCUCUCAUCACCGGUGUGCGUUCAUACAUAUAUGGACCAGUGCGCAAUUUGAUUGUAUCUGGUUUGUCUCUUCUAUGGUCUUGAACCCAUUGAGAAUGCGUACAACUUACCUACCACCUCCGAGUAGUGCACACAUUUUCGACAGUCGGUACAUUUUGCCGUUGUUAACAACAUACACAACAGUCAAGAGUAGGCAAUGCAAACAUUCCGCACUCCCCCCCCCCACUUUGUACUAUGUUUCUGCUUCACCCCAUCCACCAUCAAUCUUCUGUAUAGCCGCACUGGCCAAAGACUGAUGGAUAAUCUUAUUCGCCAAAAUUUAGUGAAGCGCCAACUCCCAUCGAACUGUUCGAACCGGUGCAUAUGUCACUCUCUAUCCAUCCUCGUAAUCUUGUGUACUCAGAAAGAAGUACUAGUUACUGUGCUCGCAUCCUACCUAAGUACUCUGUGCGAACAUGACUUUUGUCUAUCAACCUUUAACUGGACGACGUACUUUUAGCUUCUAGGACAUCACCGGCUUUUGGUUGUGUUGAGCCACAUUGUCUAAUGAGCUGUUUAUGGUUCAUGCCUUCUGUAACUUCUACAAAAGUAGCCCCGUUUGUUUCCAUACCACUACAUUGGCAAGCAAUUGACAUCUGUCUGUGGUUCUUACUGAAGCUGCGAUAAACAUUUUCUGGCUGUUUCAUUUCGAUUUCAUUUCAUUACCAUAUAUUUCAUUAUUUUGUCUUUUAACUACAGCACUCCUUGCGCUAUUUUUUCGUACUGGUUUGUCUCGGUACCACAAGAUAAUUUCUACUUGUUCCUCUUUAUUUCAUCUUUUUUCGCAUUAUUAAUCAUACACUCGCUGUCCGUAAACACCUCC